CAAGCACAGUAAAAGAGACGCUGCACCAAUGUUAAAAAAUAUAUUAGCCCUGGAUGUUCGUUUUACAAAAGGUUUUGUAAAAUGUAUGGAAACACUGUUGCCUGUGAAACAAAUACAAGUAUAUUAUACAAUGUUAGAAAUAUCAUGUCAUGGUAUACCAUGGAUAGCUUCAUUACUUGCACUUAUUUGGAUUCUUAAUAGUAAGAGGUUAUACCAAGUGCAAGUUAAUUUACUGAUAGGUUUGGUGUUAGAUAUUAUUGUUAUUGCUGUAUUAAAAUCAAUUGCAAGAAGAAGGAGACCUGCAGUUAAUACUGAUCCUCUAUCAAUGGGACCUGACAAAUAUUCAUUCCCAUCAGGUCAUGCUUCUCGCUCAAUGCUUGUUUUUUACUUCCUUAACUAUCUGUGGCCUGUGUCUGGCAUCUAUCUUAUACCUAUAUUAGCAUGGAUGUUUGCUGUAGUUAUGUCUAGACUUUUAAUGAGAAGGCAUCAUAUUCUUGAUGUUAUUGCAGGACUACUUCUAGGCUACAUUGAAGGAAUGACCAUGGGUCUUUUGUAUUUAAAUGCUGAAACUUGCUCAUCUUUAAUAUCUUGGUUAACUGAUGAGAAAAUAGAUGGUGCAGACUAUGAUGUUUGA